AUGAGAUUUUUAUCUCUGGGCAACUUUAAACCCGAUUGUCUUCCACGGGAGGACUUUGAAAAGCGGCUGAAAAGAUCACAGGAGAGUUGACUGGGGAGGUGGCGGCGUUUUUUGCGCACGGGAAUGCCUUCUUCCCGUGAUCAAAGACCCUAAGAAACUGACCACGCUAAGAUGUAGGGCGCCUUGGGGGCAAAGGGAGAGUAGCCCGGAGGAUCUGAAAUCAGGCUUGACCCUCACCUCCGGUUCUGGAUUGUGAUUAAAGGCCGAGAAGGUCUUGCCUCCUGGGUAGAAGCUUUUUGGUGUGGGGGGGGUACACUUAAUGUCAUCCAAGGGCUUCCAAAGCUGCGUCCCUAUCUUCCAAUCCUGGGCGCGCAGCAGAGCUUGCUCUCAAGAUGCACGGGACGAAGCGCACAACCCUGCAGCUGCGCCAACAGUUUGGGAUCCUCCAAGGUAGCCUGCCUAGCAGGACCCGGCGAAGCCAGCCGGGCUUCCUGGCGAGCAGUCGUGCUAAGUGGCGGGCGGACCAGUACGGCUACUUGGAAAGCUCCAAGUAGGAAGGGAAGAUCCGAAGGGGCCGGUCUCCCUCCUCUCCUUAAGCCAUAAACGUUGGGAGCAAGCGAGGGUCUUAGGAAAGGGUCUGCGUCGUCGACCUUCACUGGCUCCUGCCGGGCCAGGCGGGGUUGCCAGUGUGGUGGCAGCCGCCCUCGCAGCGGGUGAAAUCAGAUGCUACUGUGAUGCUGCACAUUGUGUUGCAACAGGCUACAUGUGCAAAUCAGAGUUGAGUGCUUGCUUCUCUAGACUGCUUGACCCACAAAACAGCCAUUCUCCACUGACUCAUGGCUGCUUGGACUCCUUUGCAAGCACCUUGGAUAUUUGUCAAGUUAACAUAGCCCAAAACCAAUCUGGCAUUGCCAUACCCACGGUGGAAUGUUGUCAUGAGGAUAUGUGCAAUUACAGAGGCCUCUCUGAUGUUCUGUCUACUUCCAGAGGUGACCCGUUGGGACAAGGGAGCAGAUACCAACAUGACAACAGUCGAAACCUCCUCACUAAAGUUCAGGAACUUACUUCCUCAAAAGAAUUGUGGUUCAGGGCUGCUGUCAUUGCUGUCCCCAUCGCAGGUGGACUGAUCUUGGUGCUCCUCAUCAUGCUAGCAUUGCGUAUGCUCAGAAGUGAAAAUAAACAACUUCAGGACCAGCGGCAACAGAUGCUCUCGCGGUUGCACUACAGCUUCCAUGGACAUCAUUCCAAAAAAGGACAAAUGGCUAAGCUAGACUUGGAAUGCAUGGUGCCCGUCACAGGCCUUGAGAACUGUUGCAUGACCUGUGAGAAGAUGCGACAGCCGGACUUCAGUAAUGACAGAAUACUUUCACUUGUCCACUGGGGCAUGUAUGGAGGGCAUGGAAAGCUGGAAUUUGUGUGAUCACUUCUUUUCUGUUUUUUUAAAAUAUCAGUAUAAAUAUAUAUAUAAUUUUGUCCUUAAAAUUACUAGGAUUUUUUUUCAAAGGCUGUUGGGUUCUGCUGGACAGGAGCACUUUAUAUGGGAGUGGGAGGGAAGCCUACAAUCAUAAGUCCACCCCAAAAAAAAGGACCUCUGCAGAUGGAACAUUGAAUUUGUCUUCUGAAGGAUUCCAAAAGAGAUCUCUUAUUUGCACAGAGUAAAUACACUUGAUGUAUUGUUUGUUUUAAAAUUAUGAAAGCCAAUUUGAGAAGUUGUACAUGCUGUUACCACAGUUGUCUGAACUGUAGGGAAAUGGGUGGAGUAAUUAUACUAUUAAAUGGUAUGCACAU